AUGAUUCCAACACCAGAUCUUUCACAUUUAUCUGCUCAAGACUAUGAACAUGUAUAUGAACCAGCAGAGGAUACGUUUUUGCUGCUGGAUGCAUUAGAAGCAGAUGCUGAAGAAUUGAGAUCCUUGAAAGCGGUCGUAUUCCUUGAAGUCGGAUCAGGUUCAGGUUGUGUAUCAGCCUUUGCUGGGAAAAUCCUUGGGCCUUCUGCGCUAUAUUUAGCUACAGAUAUCAACCAUAGGGCAUGCGAUUGUACGCGAAGAACUGGAUCACAAAACAAGGUUGCUGUGCAUACGAUAAACACCUCCCUUACAACCGGUCUCCAUCAGCGCCUCAAAAACUCUGUAGAUAUAAUCUGCUUCAAUCCUCCAUACGUUCCUACAAUGUCGACGGAGGCAUCAGAAGCUCAGGAUCUACGGGGGAUUGAAGGAUCAUGGGCUGGUGGGUCGGACGGAAUGCAGGUUACAAAUACCUUCCUGGAAGUAGUUCAUGAACUGAUGUCUCCGACUGGUCGAUUCUAUCUUGUAGCUGUCAAAGAAAACAAUAUACCCAAGAUACAAAGUCGAAUGGAGAACUUGUACCAACUGAGAAGCAAGAUCAUUCUAACCCGAAGAGCGGGUAGGGAGCACCUCUCCAUAGUGCGCUUUGAACAUACCACGGCUCCAACACUAUGA